GGGUCUCAUUGAUCGAAGUCCAGGAAGAAAUUUUCAGGCGUCAGGAUAAAUAGGUAACGAUUUUCUCUGUGACAUCUCCUGCAAGGUGUGUGGUCCAAACGUCUGCUGGCGCUGAUCUGUCGAGAUGGCUGACAACAGAGAGAAAACCACCGAUCAGAUGAAGACAUGGAAGGAGAACAGAGGCUCUCUGAAACCGGAUGUACUGACCACAGCAUCUGGCAAUCCCGUUGGAGACAAGCUGAACCUGCUUACUGCAGGACCAAGAGGCCCUCUGCUGGUCCAAGAUGUGGUCUUCACAGACGAGAUGGCCCACUUUGACCGGGAACGAAUCCCAGAGAGAGUGGUGCAUGCCAAAGGGGCAGGAGCCUUUGGCUACUUUGAAGUCACUCAUGACAUCACUCGCUACUGCAAGGCCAAAGUGUUCGAACAUAUCGGCAAGACAACUCCUAUUGCCGUCCGCUUCUCCACUGUGGCUGGGGAGUCAGGGUCAGCAGACACGGUGCGAGACCCCCGAGGCUUUGCAGUCAAGUUUUACACUGACGAGGGCAACUGGGACCUGACUGGCAACAACACCCCUAUUUUCUUCAUCAAGGAUGCCAUGCUGUUCCCAUCCUUCAUCCACACGCAGAAGCGCAAUCCCCAAACCCACAUGAAAGACCCUGACAUGGUGUGGGACUUCUGGAGUUUGAGGCCUGAGACUCUGCAUCAGGUGACUUUCCUGUUCAGUGAUCGAGGUCUGCCUGACGGCUUCCGCCACAUGAAUGGCUACGGCUCUCACACCUUCAAGCUGAUCAAUGCUGAUGGCCAACCUGUCUACUGCAAGUUUCACUACAAGACUGAUCAAGGAAUAAAGAAUAUGUCGGUGGAGGACGCAGAACGCCUGGCUUCCACCAACCCAGAUUAUGCUAUUGGAGACCUGUUUAAUGCAAUUGCCAAUGGCAACUACCCGUCAUGGACCUUUUACAUUCAGGUCAUGACCUUUGAGCAGGCUGAGAGGUACCCGUUCAACCCCUUCGACCUCACUAAGGUGUGGUCACAUAAAGAAUACCCUUUGAUCCCGGUGGGCAAAUUGGUCCUCAACAGGAACCCAGCCAACUACUUUGCGGAGGUGGAGCAGCUGGCCUUCGACCCCAGCAGCAUGCCACCAGGCAUCGAGCCCAGCCCUGACAAGAUGCUGCAGGGCCGACUCUUCGCCUACCCAGACACACAUCGACACCGGCUGGGUGCCAACUACCUGCACAUCCCUGUCAACUGCCCUUACAGGGCCCGUGUGGCCAACUACCAGCGUGAUGGUCCGAUGUGCAUGUUUGACAACCAGGGUGGAGCUCCAAAUUACUAUCCCAACAGUUUCAGUGCUCCAGAGAAUGAGCCUCGUGCUCUGGAGUCCAGGUUCAGGGUGUCUCCAGAUGUGGCCCGUUACAACACCGAUGAUGAAGAUAAUGUGACGCAGGUCCGUAACUUCUACACCCAAGUGCUGAAUGAAGACGAACGUCAGAGACUUUGCCAGAACUUGGCAGGAUCCCUGAAGGCAGCCCAGCUCUUUAUCCAGAAGCGCAUGGUGGAGACCCUGAAGGCUGUCCAUCCAGACUAUGCAAACAGGGUUCAGACCCUUCUCAACAAGUACAAUGCAGAGGCCCCGAAGAACGCAUCUGUGCGCGUUUACAGCCGUCCAGGUGCCUCGGCCGUCGCUGCGUCCUCUAAGAUGUGAUGCGUCCAGUCGCCUCUGGAGGCAGCGUCCUCAUUUCACUGAGAGCAGAUGCACUUAUGGAUUACUGACCGCUACGACCAGGAUCAAGAUUAAACUUAACCUGCCAAUUAGUACAAACGAAGAGGCUGAAUGCUGUCGUAGAGUUGACGUUUUGGUUAGUUAAUUUUUAAUUCUGUCAUUCCUAGCAGUUAAUUUUGAUUAACCUCAAAAUUCUCAGUACUAGCAAGCUCCAGAAGGCUCGUAAUGUGAAGUAAAAAUCCUGUGGGGUAAAUGUGUCCUGAUUUGAACUGCAGUUUUGAAAACUUCAACCACAUAUGCCUUUGAAGUAAUUUCAUCAAUCCAUCCAUCAUCCAGUAAUCAGCUUUACCUGUCGUGUGACUUGAUUGCAUUAAACAAAUUCACCGCUACAAAUUUCUCAUAUUUGUGUGCACUACUAUGUUGUGAUAUAACGCUUUUCUUUAGUUGAAGUGUAAAAACAAAUCAACAUAACCUUUGCUUGAAAAGACAUGUAUCCCUAAGGCCUCGCCUGAGACAUACUGCAGAGUGAUGUCUGAUGUCUGGUUCAAACUGGUCAAAACUGGAUUUGCUCUGCAGGAUUUGCUUUCUGCUUUGUUUUACUGAAGUUUUUUUACUGUAAACCACAGCUUGGGCUUGUUUCGUUUGUGCUUUACUAAACCACAGACAGGAAGACGGAACAGCACACAGUGUCAGUUUAUUAAAAAAGGUAAUGGAAAUCUUUUUGCCGCUCUUACUAUUAUUCAGCCUUGUGGGAGUCUAGAUGUCUCAUCAGGUAGAGGGCAAGCUUUGAGGUGAACAAUCUUUUGUGCCUUUUUUGUAGGGGGAAAAAAACUACAACUUACAGAUGACUUCUGCCUUUGUCUGAAAAAAUAAAUCGGCAGUCAUCUGUUCUGUUUGAUUUUGGUGAAAGUGUACUUUUAAUAGUGUAAAAGUAAACUGUACAUUAGAAUCAGUGGUAACUUCAAGAUGAAAGUUGUAAAUCGACAGUAAAACUCUGAUUUAGAAGAAAAGUGUUAACCACCGUUGUCCUGUGAAGAGACCACAAAGAUCACCUACAGGAUUAGCCACGUAGCCUUUUAUUGUGUAUUUGUAAACUCUCAAAUGUGGAUCUGAAUAUAACGGAUGUUUUUUUUUAUGAGUGUUUAAAUUGAGAACCUGCUUCAGAUGAGAUCUGUAUUCAGUGCCUGAAUUAAUGAAUUUGUAAUUAAAGCUUGUCUGCAGCUUUCA